CCCAAUAAUCAUACAUCAUCAUGAUGAUUAAAGAAGGCCUUCAUUUCCAUUAUAUUUUUGCAGGCUAUGCAGAUGGCAAGACAGAUUUUCCUUGGAGGCAGAGGCUGGGCAUUAUGAGAGGGAUUGCAAGGGGAUUAGACUAUAUAGCCAGGGAGUCCAGCAAUGAGAAUGCUCUUCAUGGAAAUCUCAAGCCUUCCAAUAUAUUACUGAGUGAGACUGAAGAACCCCUAAUAACUGAAUAUGGCAUAUGGAGUUUUCUAAAUCAAAAGAAGUCAUUCCUAUAUUCUGCUAAUGGAUACAGAGCACCUGAAAGGAAGCUGACAAGAGAGGCUGAUGUUUUUAGUUUUGGUAUCAUUCUGCUAGAGUUAUUGACAGGAAAAGUUGUGGAGAAGACUGGAGUAAACCUUCCCAAAUGGGUGAAAUCCAUGGUUAGGGAAGAAUGGACUGGUGAGGUUUUUGACAGGGAAGUUAACAAGUUUGGGAAGCAGUGGGCAUUUCCAUUGCUUAAUGUUGCCCUGAAAUGUGUGUCCCUUUUGCCAGAGCACCGGCCAAAUAUAUCAGAGGUCCUCGAAAAAAUUGAACAUGUGGCCAACUCACAGGAAGACAGCUCUUUCUCAUCUCCAUCAUCAAUUGAAUCCAGCCAACAAGAUUCCAGUGUAAUGCACUCAAUUAUUCUAGAGGAUGCAGAAAGCUGCUGAAACAUGUAAAGUGAGAUUCUGAAUCUUGAAACGACGAUCCCUUUCAUCAUGAACCAUUUAGGUUCCCUCAUAAUCAGUGUUUUAUCAUCUUAAAAUAGUCCAGGAUACUAAAAUAGCAACAUCUUUUGUAUCUGCAAAUUGUGGAUCAGGGAAUGUAGAACAACUAUUUUAUUUGCUGUAUUGCAAUAAUUGUUUGCUGACUAGAAUCUCCGGUAAGAAGAAAAUUUAGACGAACCUCAAUGAGUUGUGGUUCUCCCCACAACAUCAGGUGAACAUGCUUGUGGCCGACACAACCUGGCAAACAAUAUUUUGCCAAUACUUAAUUCAAACAUCAUAAACUUUGCCCUCAGGCAAUCCAUAUACUCAUAGUUUUUGUACAUCUCCUUCAUAAUAGAAGGUGGUAGUUAAAACUACAUCCAGACAAUAGAAUUUAUGACAGGCACUCACUGAAAGCGAUCAUAUCUUACAGUAAGCCUCUUCUGCAUUCUGCAAGGCUGUUGAUUGUCAACUACUGUUCAAUGAUUUCCCCAAGCAUUUUUGCAUCUUUUUCAGUUUAUCAACAACACAGUGCUCAGAAACUACUAGACAACGGCAACUUUCAGUCUCUCUUUAUUCAGGUAUAGUGUCUCAGUUGUUCAGAUGAUAAUCUAAUGCAUUCACUCUUAAAAGUCUGGUCCAGACUAAUCCAACGAUACAAUAAUAACCUGUUUGAAUUUCAAAGGUUCU